AUGGCUACUCCUGCUCUCGCUCCUGCUCCAGCCCCAGCUACGAUGUUCGUUUCUGUCUCUUCUCUUACUUCAGACGCCGCAUCGGACACGGCUCCGGACCCAACCCAGAAUUUAAUGUUGGAUUCAGUUGAAGAUCCAGCUUCUGCUCCAGCUCCAGCUCCAAUUUUACCUUCCUGGUUUCUUAAGCAUGCCCACACUCCUAAAAGGCCGUCUCGCGACUUGAGACGCUACCUGGCAUGGCUGCUGAGGGAGGCCAAGGUACCUGCCUUCCCAUGGGGGCCUGAGGUAACGCGGAUAUACGGAAGCGAGGCCGAUCUUCGAUACAGCAUCUGGGCAGUCAAAGAUGAGGCUAUGGAGAAGGCUGUGCAAGUGCUCAACGAGGCUGGAUUACCACCCUGUAAAAAUGGCCGUCGUUGCGCAGUCAACGACCCUGAGUAUACGAGCCUUCCAUUUCCCGACCAUCAUUACCACACAGAUCUCAACUAUCGUCAGACCCACGUCACUAACGGCGUCUAUCUGUACCGGAAGUCCCGAUUUUUCCCACUUUACCCCGAUCCGCCCCUUGACGACCCCAAGCCUGAUGACCGAUACUAUAUGCUCAGUUCGGACAAGCGACUCCCGGACUGGAGCUAUCCUUGUGUACAACGCAUGUCCGAGGACGAAUACCCCGUUAUUAUUCCUACUCCUGCCCGAUAUCUGGAAGCCGUCUGCCUGCAGUCAAUCCGUCACUACGAAGGGCAGCAUGGGAGUGACUUUUGGAAAGAGGAGGAAUCCGACAUGAUGGAGAUUUUGGGGGAUCGAUUCAUUGAUAUAUUGCAACUAAAUGACCUUGAUAAGCCAUGGCGUGAAUACGGCAGACGAAACCUUGACCGCAGCUAUGGUGAUCGCAUGGAUGACUACAAUGGCCAUAAAUACAAGCUCUUCCUCUAUCUGGAUUUGAAGAAGAAAGGUCAACUUCAACCACCUGAGACAAUGGAAAGAGAUAGCUGGAUGAGGCCUAUCCCGGAUCUUGUAAAGGAGUUCGGUCUGCCCCUGGAUCUACUCGACUCAUGA